CUAAUCGAGAUAACGCUUUACACUUGACAAAUUCGCCUCGUUCAACGUCACUAGCAUGAAGUGACAGCACGCGCACUCGCGCGAGCACGAAGGCCCAGCGUGGACGCCAGUAUAAAACAGAAGAGCCAGGUUGAGACAAAAGUCUACGUCAAGAGGAUUUGGUGUGUGAGGGUCGAGAGGAGAGCAUCCAGAAAUGAAUAGAGUAACUAAAAGUCACGUGACCCCACCCAUGUAUUUCCCUAGCAUGUGUACAGCCCCUUUCUUUAAGGUGUCUGUGUUUGACCGGGAACAUUUCCAGGGCAAGUGUUUGGAGUUCACCUCGGAGUGCUGCAGCAUCCACGACUGCGGCCUGGACAACAUCCGCUCCAUCCGAGUGGAGAGUGGAGCGUGGGUGGGUUUCGAGCAUCAUGACUUCCAGGGCCAGCAGUUCAUCCUGGAGAGAGGCGAGUACCCCAACUGGGAGGCCUUCAGCGGCUCCCUGUCCUACCACACAGAGCGCUUCAUGUCCUUCCGCCCCAUCUACUGUGCUUCUCACCACAGCAGCCGUAUGAUGAUUUUCGAGAGGGAGAACUUCAUGGGCCGCAGCACGGAGCUGAGCGACGACUACCCCUCCCUGCAGGCUAUGGGCUGGUUCAAGCCUGAGGUGGGCUCCAUGCACGUGCAGUGUGGAGCCUUUGUGUGCUAUGAGUAUCCGGGCUACAGGGGCCAGCAGUACAUCAUGGAGGAUGACAAACACAGCGGAGACUACCAGGCCUGGAGAAACUGGGGCUCCCACUGCCAGACUCCCAAGAUCCAGUCCAUCAGACGCAUCAGGCACUGAGAGGGAUCGGAGCGGGACCAGCAGCAGCCGCAGAGCCCGGUCUCAGGCUAACACCUGGGCACUGUGUUUUGAGGGCCUGAAUAUAAGCUCAAAGCCAACUUUAGUUUUGCUUCUGAGCUUGGUGCUUCAUUAAGUCAGCACUGUGACUACAACACAAACCAUCAGUGACGUAGCAGCUACCUCUUUAUCCCAGCUCAUAUUCAAAUAUUCUUGUUAAUACUCAUUUUGUUUGAGUACAAAUGAAAUAAAAUUCAGAUUCAGAA